UCAGGGGCUGGUGUUAGUAUCUUAUGGUGUGCUGUUGCAGAAGUUCCGUGUUAAUGCUCCACUUGUACUCACUUUUGGCAGACAUUUUGUAGUGAAGAUAUCGUUGGUGGGUCUUUCCCUUUAUACUCAUCAAGGACCGUCACGUGGACUGAAUUUUCCAGUUGCCCUCCACGCGGAAUUGAACCCGCACGGACCCCAGAUGUGUAUGGGGCAGGUGGAAAAUCGGCUGUUGUAUGUGGAGAUCUCCAUUAAUCCAGUGAAGUGUCGAGCCAAAUCAACACCAUCCCGUUCCAACAGCUAGACAUGCCAAAAUGGCAAAUUACAUCAUCUGUCUAGCUCAUUUCUGUGAGCUCCAUGGCCCCUCCAUAAUCAUUUGUACGCAAGUCACCAACAAGGCAUCGAAGUCCGAACACAUAUUGUCGUCCAACUCCAAGCUCCAAUCGUGCUCAUCCUGCAAGUUGCAGUUGCCCAACGAUUCAAUCAACGUCAUUACCACCGACGAAUCCGACAAGACUGUGGUCAAUCCCCCUGUAUACAUUUCAACCAACUAUCCAUCCUCCCAGAAAAGGUAUCUGUCUCUCACAAAGCUAGUGAUGAAAUCUUUGUCUGUGGAAACAACGGCAGAUGCCACCAAGCCGAUGUUCGUAGGGGAUGCUUUAAAUGGAUACUGUGUCAAUAAGAUCAUCAAAAUCAAGGAUGCCAACGCUAGAGGCUCAGAAAGAAAGUAUGCUCUCAUGGUUGUGAGUGACUCAGAAUCCGAUUUGUUAAUGAACUGGGACAUUAUCGGCAUGUACUUUACCGAGAUCACCUCAUUAUUGCACCUCAAAGUUGAAUCAACCCUAGAGCAGUUGUUGACAAAAAAGGAGGGGUCCGGGAAGAGCGAUAGUUGUAUGUUGGACAAUGAAAGGUAUUUAAGGAGGUCGAUGAACAAGCCAAAAUCUUUGGUAGAGCUAACCAAUGACCCCCAAAUAUUUGUCAAGUUUCACUUAUGGGGAAUUGAACUCCUCAAAGACAUAUUGAAGUAGAUCAGCUCAGAUUUCCAAUUGCCUUCAAUUUAUUGGCUCUUCUCAACACCCAAGGGUCAAUCCGAAAAGUAUCAAAGUCACCAU